AGCAAAAUCAUGAAGUUUAUUAUUUUAUUUUUAGGGCUCCUUGUGAAGCCUCAGGCUGUUUCUCUUGCUCGUCGCUUUGACAGUGAAAAAGUGUUUCGUGUGGUACUUCAGAAUGAAACUCAAGUGAACUUUCUGAAGGAACUGGCUUCUACUGUAUUGCUUGACUUCUGGCAUCCUGAUUCAGUUCAUCACAUUGUCAUUGGUACAGACGUGGAUUUCCAAGUCAGUGCACAUCUGGCGAACUAUGUUCAGGUGAAGCUGCAGCAGAAUGAACUACAAUACGAGAUUUUAUUCCAAAAUCUACAAGAAGAGAUUGAAAAACAAAUUGAUGGAGGGAGCAUUUUCCGCAAGCAGUACAGCUACAGAAAAUACAAUGACUGGGAAAAGAUUGUUGCAUGGACUGAAAGAAUCACCAGAAAUAAUCCCAAACUGGUCUCCCGGAUCCAGAUUGGAAAGACCUAUGAAGGGCGUCCCAUGUAUCUUCUUAAGGUUGGGAAAGAGAGUGGCAGAAAGAAGGCCAUCUUCAUGGACUGUGGUAUUCAUGCACGAGAGUGGAUCUCACCAGCUUUCUGCCAGUGGUUUGUUAAACAGGCUGUUGUAACAUACGGAAAGGACAAGGUCAUGACAAAGCUAUUGGACAGCAUGAACUUCUAUGUUCUUCCAGUGUUCAACAUCGAUGGCUACGUUUGGACACGGACUGAAGAUCGAAUGUGGAGAAAGAAUCGUUCCAAUAACUCCAACAGUGAUUGCAUUGGCACUGACCUGAACAGGAAUUUCCAAGUCUCUUGGUGCAAAGAAGGUUCUUCCGAUGAUCCUUGCAGCCCAAUAUACUGUGGCGCCUCUGCAGAGUCUGAACAAGAAACUAAAGAAGUUGCAAACUUCAUUCGGGGCCACCUCACCAUCAUCAAAGGCUAUAUAAGUUUCCAUUCCUACUCCCAGAUGCUGAUGUUUCCUUAUGGCUAUACAUACAGCAUGGCGCCCAAUCAUGAUUUACUGAAUAAAGUGGCAAAAGAAGCAGUGGAUGCUUUAUCUACUCUCUAUGGUACAAAAUACACAUAUGGACCAAUAGCUGAAACAAUAUACCCUGUCUCCGGUUCUAGUACUGACUGGGCUUACAACGAGGGCAUUAAAUAUUCGUAUGUCUUUGAGCUUAGGGACCACGGUCGAUAUGGCUUUCUGCUCCCCGAAUCAAAGAUAAGGCCAACCUGCAAGGAGACUAUGCUGGCAGUGAAAUAUAUUGCCAAUCAUAUCCUCGCUUCUGCUCCAUGAUGAUGCAUUCAAACAUUUCCUGGAGGACUUUUCUUUUUCUCUCUUGCAUUCUUUUUUUCUCUGGAUAAUUUUGGCUCCAUUGCUUUCUGACUAUUUAUCUUCUGCACAACCCAAAUAUCUUCAGUCCUCUUUAUGCCACUCAUAUCCACUCAGGCAUCUUGUUUCCUCUUGUAGCUGCACUUUGGGAAACAGUGCUAAAUAUUUGGGGGAGGGUCUAUUUUUAGGGAAGCAUAGAUCAAUCUGUUGAGUUGCUCUGGAACGCAGGUUGGGUUGUUAUAAUCCUUUUGGUCUAAUGAAACUUUGUGUGGAUCAGUCAACACUCAGUCUCCAAUCUCAUCUACUUAUCUAGAAAGAGGCAUAGCUCACUGCAUGUUCACAUAUAAUAACACAUACUGUCUACGACAAGGCAGCAGUGGCUUUGGGCAGAAGCCACAAGCAAUAUCCCAACUCCCACCACUGAGCAUUGCUGGAGGAAGAAAUUGCUGCACUCUGAUGGGUGUCAAAGAGACAGCUGUAGAACUGCCAGGGUCUCUGCUGCAGCACUAGCAUUUUAAAGAAGAAAACAGGAAUCCUUUAAAACUCUUUUCUGUUUCCUUUGAAGUGCUAAUUUAAUAAAACCAGGAACCCAGGUUUGACUCUCAAAACCAAGUCACUGCACAACCUUAAGGCAAACUGAUACUACACAAGCCUGAAAAUUUGUAUUUUACGGAUUGAAGGACAGGCAUGUUCUUUGGAAGGAGACAUGUGAUCAUUGUCUCCUCUGUUUGAGCCCACACAGAUACAAACUGCAUGGGAACUACUUUCUUGUGGUGCUAAUUCCCACAGCUCUAGUGUGUGUGUGUUUGGGGGUGAUUAUUGAAAACAUAUGGAUGUAGUGAUUGUGUGGAUCAUGUGGGAUUUUUUCACUAAGUUGGUACUCUGUCUCCUAGCAAAGUGUUGAUUCAGUGGGGCAGACUCAAAGCUGCAUGGAAAUGGAUCCUACCCAGUUUGGUACAUGUGUGAGAAGAACUUUGUUUUAUUAUGACCUAAACUGAUAACCUUCUUCCCUGAUUCUGAUACUGUAUACACUUUUGAGUCCAGCUCCUAUGAACAUGCCCAGAAUGAAACUGGAUCUGAUUCUUGACAACAUAACAAUCUUAUCAUAAGUCUGUUGUAACUGAUUUACCACCCACCCAAGUUGCUGCUCAUUACAUAUUUCUUGUACCACCACAGUCCAUUUUCAGAAACAUAACAGUUAUCUUACAAACAAGAUCAUGAGAUUAUUGAAACACAGACUAAAUUAUACUGAUUAAAUCAAUAAUCUAUGAUCCCUUAAAAGUUGUGUGAAGUAGAACAAAAUUAGUGUAGCUGGAAGGAACAGCACUCAAUUGUACCCCCCCCCAAAAAAACCCUAUCAAUAUCCUUUCUGCUAAAUGCUUAGCAGAAUUAAUUACUGGUGAAAGUACCUUGCAUUUACCUUUUUCCUAAAUGUGCCUACGCUUUCUCAGCUAUCCCUGAGCAACAUUUUUAUAUGGUUGCCAUUUAACUUAGUAGCAAAGGAACCCUGCCAUUGAACAUUGAUUACUAGGUGAUGUAUCUCUUAAUACGGUCUGAGCAUCCAUCUAAAGACUUCUAAAAUGUUAUGGACAGAACAUUCCCACAAUGAACAAAUGCCUUGCUCUGCUACUUUGAAAGUAUCUUUUCAACCAUGGAAAUAUAUCACUCAUGUUAAUUUAAAACUGUAAUUACUUUAAAAAAGCAUUGCCAUGCAUUUAUACAGCUUGAGUCAAAAUUACUAUCAUCAUACCACCACAUGGCAAGGACAUCCCACCCAAGCAUCCAGAAGCCCAAGUAUGCCAGUUGCAGCCCAGCUGUGUUUUCACAAUCCAAACCAUAUUCCAACAUGAGAGCUGCGUUAUGUUGCAUAAUGAUUAAGAAUAUGAACUGCAAGUUAGGGAAAUCUCUGGCUGACACCAUAGCUCAGCUAUGAACACAUUUUGUGUGCUUAGGCAGUCCUGCACAUUCUAUAAUACGGAAAUAAUACUAGUAGGAUACUAUGCAAAAUAGUUGUAAAUAUUAUUGAGGUACAGUUUAUGAAGUAGCACUAAAUCAGUGUCAUUAUUGAAGGAAUAUUGGUAGUUGUAGAUUCUUAUGUCGCAGUACUUCAAAGAUGACAAAAGUUACAGCUUCUGGAAUUCUGCCUUCUACAGAGUUAUUAAAGAUACAGUUGAGUUUGGUGGUAGAGUACCCUCAAGUCAUAGCUGACUCAUGGCGCCCCCUGGUGUGGUUUUCAUGGCAAGAGGCUAACAGAGGUGGUUUGCCAUUGCCUGCCUCUGCAACCCUGGUCUUCAUUGGAGGUCUCACAUCCAAUUACUAACCAAGGCCAACCCUGCUUUGCUUCUAAGAUCUGAUGAGAUCAGGCUCAUCUGAGCUAUCAGUUUAUUGGUCAACAAAAAUCAUUGGUGUGUGUGUGUGUGUGUGUGUGUGUGUGAGAGAGAGAGAGAGAGAGAGAGAGAGAGAGGUGUGCCCUGAAGUCACUUCUGACUUAUGGUGAACUUAUGAAUUAAUGACCCCCAAAACAUCAUUGACAUGUUGAGUCUUCCACUUUUCUUACUGCCUUCAGUUUUUCCUACCUUUAUUGUCUUUUCCACUGAGUCUCAUCUUCUCAAAUGAUUAAGGCAAGAAAUCUAUUGGUUCCAGUCACUCUACUUACUUUGUAUAUAGCACUGAAGCAGCAGUGAACGAAGCUGUCAUAUUUGUUUCAAGACAUGUAUAUAUGUUGUUCCCAAAGUCAGUAAACCCAAACAUGUGAUUCAGUUCUCCUGCUAGAACUGUAACUCCUGGAAGACGCGAGAAAGCACAUCUUAUCUUAAGAAGUGAAGCUGCAGAUGGACUCUUGAGAAUUUUUAUGAUGUAUUGUAGAUACUGGGUGAUUACAGCACAAAGUAGGCCAACCACAGAGAGGCAGUUGGGUGAAUACAGCCUAUUUACCAUGUUAUUUUGGUAACUUACCACGGUGUGCCUGUAACAUUAUAGUAAGACCUUAAACUUCCUGCCAAGUAAUAAAUAAAAGGUUACUAUUA